CCAGCCACUGCCGCCGGCGCCGUGUACUGAAGUCGCUGCCUUGGUUCCCAGGUGACCUGCGCGCGAGUGUCUCCUGCUUCCCCGCCCGCGGCGCGCCGGCCACCUUCCCUCGCGUUCGGCAUCCGUUUCACCCUCCGGAGUCCAGGUGGCGGCGAGCACUCGGGGUAUAUUUUUGGCAUCAUGGAUCGAUUUGAAGAUAUAUCAGACGGUGAAGUGGACCAUUCUUUCUUUGACAGUGACUUCGAAGAAGCAAAGAAAUGUGAAAGUAACUCAGUUUUUAGCAAGCAAGAAGAUGACCCUAAAGAGAGAAUAGAUAAAGAUAUAGAAAAUGUACAACUGAAAAUUGGAAUACAAACAAAGGAAAAUUAUCUUACUGAAAAGGGAAAUGAAAGAAAAGCAAAAAUUUCCCUAGAAGAACACCCAGCAGAGAAUAUCACACAAACCAGUUCUUUAUCAUUGACAACUCCUUCAAGAUCAAAAAAAUUGUAUGUUGUUACAACGGGUCAUAAAAUCCACAUUCCAAAAAGAAUUCCCAAAAUUGUAAAAGAAGGUGAGGAUGAUGAUUAUACAGAUGAAGAGGAAAGCAGUGAUGAUGGGAAAAAACUCCAUAUGAGGGCCAAGUCAGCUAAUAACUUUAAAAAAAACAUUAGUAAAAAGUAUUCCAAAAUUAGUUCCUCUUCCUCUUCUCUAUCUUCCUCAUCUUCAAGUUCAGGUACAGAUUGUUCAGAUGCUAGAUGUGAUAAAUGCAUAUUGGGUUCACGUCCAUCAUCAAAGAAACAUGUAUCUGGUAUAAUGCCCUUAUCGCCAAAACAUAAAAACACAUCAGGAGUAAAAUCAACAGGAACACAGCCUUCAAGUCCUAAACCAAAAUUUGGUGACCACACUGAGGAAUCUGAAGAUACUGUGACAGAUGUAACCCCUUUAUCAACCCCAGACAUCAGCCCUGUUCAGUCUUUUGAACUGGGUGCAUCAAAUGAUCAAAACAUGAGAGUUAAAAAGCAAGAAAAUGUAAAUCGAGAAGUAUAUGAAGAUGGUGAGGAUUUAAAAAAUAAUUCAAAAUAUUUGAAAUCAGCCAAAAUAGGGACAGAAAAACAUGGGCCCAGUCUCACUUCCCCAUCUUCAGUAUUAGAUUCCAAUUUAGAUGUCAGAUGUAAACAAAAAGUCUUACAUGACACCAUGGACCUGAAUCAUCUUUUGAAAGCUUUUCUGCAAUUAGAUAAAAAAGAACCACAAAAACAUCACUUUGAACAGCAAUUAGUAGUACCCAGGAAAAACUACUCUUUCACAAAAGAAGAGGUAAGACAGAUUGACCGAGAAAAUCAGAGGCUUUUGAAAGAACUGUCGAGACAGGCUGAGAAACCAGGAAGCAGAAGUACAGUUACUAGAUGGCACCACCCCCCUAAGUUGUACCAUAGUGCUCUCAACAGACAGAGGGAGCAGCAAAGGAUCGAGAGAGAAAAUUUGGCUUUAUUAAAAAGGCUUGAAGCAGUAAAACCAACAGUUGGUAUGAAGCGCUCAGAACAGCUGAUGGACUACCAUCGCAACAUGGGUUAUCUCAACCCGUCAUCACCAGCAAGACAAAUGAGAGCCACUCUUAGCCAGUAUAGCCCAUUAAGAGGCGCUUCCAGGACGUCCAGUGCCACCAGUGGUCUCAGCCGUAAGAGUGAGCGGUCAGUUCUUGACACAUCCAGUGGCCGCCCGCUGAGACCUAAACCGCCUCGUGUCCGUGCAGCGUGGUUAUAAAAUCCUUUUUAACUUUGAACAUUGUUUCCCAGUUUUUCUGGAAGUGCUGUUGCACCUUA